AUGUCGUACGUGGUGCAAGCUGGUCUUUUCGCCGGCGGUCUGGUGGUCGGUGCAGGAGGAGCCGUGCUCCUCGCCGGCGGUCAACGCAAGCCCGCUGCUCCUGUCGCCGUUCCUGCCCCAGAUCAGAUCCCUGGCCAACCUGCGCUUUCCUCCUCUUCCUCCUCUUCGUCGAAUCUAGCCGUGGUCGAUUCUGGCUACACUUCCUCGGACGCACUGGGACCCGCAGGCUAUCCGGGGCCUGUCGCCGACUUCCUGCGCCACGCCGCCUAUGUCUCGUCGUACGACCGACGUCUCCGCCACCCGUCGUGGACCGCCGAGCACCUGACCGCGGCCUCGCUCCAACGUCCGCCCGGCAGCAAACCGGACCGCUCCAACUCGGUGUUCAAAGAGGACCAACGCAUCCCCGAGCUGUUCCGCGCAAAGAUGGCCGACUACUUCCGGUCCGGGUACGAUCGAGGACACAUGGUACCCGCUGCGGACGCCAAGAGCUCGCAGCUGGCGAUGGACGAGACGUUCCUGUUGACCAACAUUGCGCCGCAGGUGGGCGUAGGCAUGAACAGGGACUACUGGGCGCACACCGAGGACUUUGUGCGUCGGUUGACGUCCCGGUUUGCGGAUCUGUACGUGUUCACCAUUCCGCUGUAUCUGCCGCGGCAGUAUCCGGACGGCAAGUUCAGGGUGAGCUACGAGGUGAUUGGCAAUCCGCCCAACGUCGCAGUGCCGACGCACUUUGCGAAAGUCAUCCUGGGUGUCGGCCAGGCAAGGGAUGGGAAUGGCGCACCGGGUCCCAAGCCCGAGUGGAAGGGCGCGUUGAGCAAGGUUGGACUGGGAGGCGGGACGAUGGCGCUAGGUGCAUUUGUCAUGCCCAACAGCGUGAUCCCCAACGAGGCGCCAUUGGAGAGCUUUGCAGUGCCCAUCGAGACCGUGGAGAGAGCGGCGGGCUUGACUCUGUUCCCUCCGGCGGUCAAGGGUGCGGCCAAGAAGUUGUGCGACACAGUGCAUUGCACGAUUGUGGUGCGGGAUUUCAGCGACAAGAGCAAGACGCUCACGGCUCCGGCUGCGAAGCCUUUGCCGUUGCCUGUGCCUCGGAUGUAG